GUUCGAACUUCGGUAGAGAACUGGUUGCGUCUUAAGAAUCACGUGACGUGGUUAUCAUCAAGCGUGCCCGUCCUAUAACUUAGACUGGUACUUCCAGAGGUGGCUUGACGCCGCUCUUCUCAUCUAAUAUCUCUGUAGGGUCAAUUUGUGGUGUAAACCGCAGCCAAAGUCAUGGACACCGCUGUGGCAAAACAGCUUGUUGACAAGAUUUAUGAGAAGAGAAAGGCGGCUGCUCUCGAAUUAGAGAAACAGAUUCGGGAAUGCCAUCAGCAAAGUGACCAGCGCCGUAUAAACCAGAUCAUCGAACAGCUUGUGGAUAUGUUCAGCAAUCCGUCAAAUCCCCUUCACAUCAGGAAUGGAGGACUCAUUGGCCUUGCUGGUACAGCUAUUGCCCUUGGCGUGGACGUUGCACCGUACAUGGAGAAAUUCAUCGAACCCGUUCUCGCAUGUUUUACCGACCCAGAAAACAGAAUCCGGUAUUUCUCCGCCGAAUGUCUCUAUAACAUAGCCAAGGUGUCCAAGGGCGAGGUUCUUGUUUACUUCAACCCUAUAUUCGACGCCCUCAGUAAACUAGCCGCUGAUUCAGAGCUGUCGGUCAAGAAUGGGGCGGAGCUGCUUGAUCGACUUCUGAAGGACAUCGUGGCCGAGACAGCUUCGGUGUAUAUUCCACAGUAUGCAGAGACGGAGAGGAUCCGCGACCAGUUCGAUCCUCAGGAGCAGAGUAUUCUCGUCGCUUACCCUGAUGACCGAUCCUUAGGAGAAAACAUACCUACUCAGAAGAAGGCCUUUUCCCUCGCGCGCUUUAUUCCACUUCUGCAAGACAGGAUAUAUGUCCUUAGUCCUUUCACAAGGAGCUACCUCGUGUCUUGGAUAACCGUGCUCGACUCGGUCCCAGAGCUCGAACUUAUAACAUACCUCCCAGAGUUCCUGGACGGCCUCCUGAAGUACUUGUCAGACCCCACCGAGGAUGUGCGCGUGGCCACAGAGAACAUUCUUGCCGACUUCCUGCGUGAAAUCAGAGACGUCAGCAUGGUUCGCCAACGCAAAGAAGAACACGCAGAGUCCUUUGAUCUACGACGCUCGGAUGAGAAGCUUCCUGAUAUCACGAUGUCUCACUCUGAACGUGCACUUUUCAUUCCUGAGAGUGACUUUGCUCAUGAUUGUGACGGAGAAUAUAGUUUGAAGGAUGAGCACAAAUCAGAAGACUACCGUGGCACUGGAGCCUUAGUUCCUGGGCAGGGUGUACGGAUAGACUAUGCAGCUAUCAUAGAAAUUCUCAUACAACAACUUGACAACCAACAUGACGAAAUUCAACAAUCUACGGCCCUUCGUUGGCUUGCCGAGUUCUUGACCUUCGUGCCCGACGUCAUGGUGCCCUUCACGCCUCGCCUUAUCCCUGCCAUCCUCCCUAAUCUAGCACACCAUGUCCCGAUGAUCCAGUCAGCUGCACUACGAACUAACAAGCUACUUUCGAGCGUCAUCCAAAACCUCCCUGGACCAGCGGAGGGCCCGUCCCGGCAGAACACAGCGGACAAGCCGAUUGUGUUCACAAGCUCACCAACCCCAACUCCUCAGUCACUGCAACCCUCACGGCCAACUGUACAAGCGCCGUCUGGAGAUGCCUCCUCUCCUGAGCCAAUAGGCGAUAACCAGCCAUCAUCUUCAUCCGAUAAGACAACUUUGAUUCAGCGGCCUCGCUCAGGAACAAAUCAAACUGUCGUUACGGAAUCUUCGAGCAGACCUCAGUCACGCAUGUCAUCAAAUAGUACACCGGGUGCUCCUCCACCUGCCCCUGUUCCAGUGCCUCCUUCGCCCGUACCGGAGGAAGCAGAUCGGUUUAAUUACCAGGCGACGGUGAACGAGCUGACGAUACAGUUUUUGAGCGAGCAUGAGCAAACCAGGGUUGCUGCGCUGAAGUGGCUUAUCAUGCUGCAUCAGAAAGCACCAAAGAAGAUUCUCGCAAUGGAUGAUGGUACUUUCCCAGCAUUACUGAAGACUUUGUCGGAUUCGUCCGAAGAGGUUAUCAAACAUGACCUGCAACUCCUCGCGCAAAUAUCCUCCUCCUCGGAAGAGAGCUACUUCAAGGUCUUCAUGAUGAACCUUCUCGAGCUCUUCAGCACAGACAGGAAGCUUCUUGAGGCCCGCGGCAGUCUCAUCAUUCGCCAGCUAUGUCUCAAUCUCAAUACAGAGAGGAUAUAUAAGACAUUUGCAGAGAUUCUGGAGAAAGAAGAGGAUCUAGAGUUCGCGAGCGAGAUCGUGCAGAAGUUGAACAUGAUCCUAAUCACUUCACCCGAACUGGCGGAGUUCCGAAAACGGCUGAAGAGCCUUGAGACAAGGCAAGAUGGCCAGGCGUUAUUUACCACGCUCUAUCGGUCAUGGUGUCAUAAUGCGGUUGCGGUGUUUUCGUUGUGCCUGCUUGCGCAAGCUUACGAGCAUGCAUCAAAUUUGCUAUCCAUCUUUGCUGAUCUGGAGAUCACUGUUCCACUGCUGGUCCAGGUCGACAAGUUGGUGCAGCUGAUCGAAUCUCCUGUGUUCACCUACCUUCGCCUCCAGCUCCUCGAGCCUGAACGUUACCCCUACCUGUUCAAGUGCCUAUAUGGGUUGCUCAUGCUGCUCCCACAAUCCACCGCUUUUGUUUCACUCCGUAACCGUCUCAACGCAGUCAACUCCGCCGGGUUCCUCCACAUUGCCCCAAAAUCAACACCUAACCCAAUCACCUCACGUUCCAAGCUCGGCCGCGAUGAGAUUAAAUGGCAAGAACUUCUCAAUCAUUUCCGAGCACUGCAAAGCAAGCACGAGAAAGCGCGACGUCAGGAUCUUGGGAACUCUACAUCUCAAGAUGAUAUCACCAUCACACCGCUCUCGCAGCCCAUGUCAGCCAAACCCCCCAUGCGGCGAAGAGUGACAGGCGACCUUCCAGUGCCGCCGGUGAUCCCGCCUAAGCCCGCAUUGAGCCCGCUCAAUCCAAAGGCGAGACAGAAUGGACUGUUGGCGAGCACGCUGCAGAGUGCGACGACAUCGGGGGUGAUGCAGCAGAGGACGAGGCGGACUCUGGGCUUACCUGUGGUGGGACCAAGGAAAUGAUUUGAUCUGAUCGGUUCGGUUCGAUUUGGACAUACAGUACAUACUUGCAUGCACAUGAUACUCUAAUGAUGACAACAUGGAUGAUGA